UCAUUCAAGUUCCGAGACUUGCUCAAGUAACGGCAACCACAUAGAGAAUUCUGAUCCAAGUCGAAGCACAGCGGAGUUAACAACUGCAGCACAUAAACGGAGUACUUAGAACACCGAAGGAUGGCCGCGAAUCCCCAAUGGUUAAGGCUUAACAUUCUAGUUCUGCUCCUCCAGCUGGGCGGAUUGAACCUCAUCUAUGCCAAUACCGAGGCAUGCAGUAAUCGGCAGCAGCAAUGCCCAUUGCAGCCGCUGUAUCGCUCAAUCAACGAUCAUCGAAGUGACCUAGAGGAAUACGACGAGCAUCUUAUAUAUAGACAAGUAAAUGAGAGGGAUCAUAAGCCCUUGCAUCGAGAGGACAGUCGGCGCGAUGAUUGGUCAGCACGACUAGACCCAGAGGAUCGCGUCCAGUUGCUGGCUCACGAUGACAGGCGGGACACUCGCAGGGAAGUGCGACAAACUACUCGUCGCGAUCAUGUUCGCCGAGAGGCAGAACGUGAAGAUACCCAUGAUGCUACUCACCGAGUGGAUCUGCAAAGGGAAGUACGCUCUGUUCUCCGGAGAAAGGACCAUGAUGAUAAUCGUAGGGAACAGCGCAACGAUUUCCGAAGGGAACAACGUGAUGCUGUUAACCGAGAUGACCGUGUAGAUCUCCGAAGGGAAAGCCACUCUGAUAUCCGAAGGGAGGAACGUGAUGAUCUUCGCAUAGAAAGCCGCAAUGAUUUCCAAAGAGAGGAAGGUGAUGCCAAUCGCCAAAAGGAACGCGAAGAUCUCCGAAGGGAAGAAAGCUCUGAUCUCCGAAUGGAAGAACGUUUUGAUGUUCGGCGAGAAGAACGCGAAAAGGAUAUCGGCCGAGAGGAACGUGAUGCUAUUCGCAUGGAAAUCCGCGAUGAUUUCCGAAGAGAGGAACGCGAUGAUAUUCGUCGAGAAGAUCUCCGAAGGGAGGAACGUGAUGAUCUUCGCACCGUAAGUCACAACAAUUUCCAAAGAGUGGAACGUGAUGAUAUUCGCCGAGAGAAGCGUGAUUCUAUUCGCAUGGCAAACCGCGAUGAUUUCCGAAGAGAGGAACGCGAUGAUAUUCGCCGAGAAGAUCUCCGAAGGGUAGUACGAUCUGAUCUCCGUAGGGAAGAACAUGAUGAUAUUCGUCGAGAGGAACGCGAUACUUCCCAAAGAGAGGAACGCAAAGAUUCCCGAAGAGAGGAGCGUGACGAUCUUCGCACCGUAGGCCACAACAAUUUCCAAAGGGAGGAACGUGAUGAUACUCGGCGAGAGGAGAGCGAAAAGGAUAUCCGCCGCAAGGAACGUGAUGAUACCCGCAUGGAAAGCCGCGAAGAUUUCCGAAGUGUGGGUGAUUAUACUCGCCGAGUGACACGCGAAGACCUCCGAAGGGACGAACGCUAUGAUAUUCGCCGGGAAGAUCUUCGAAGGGUGGUACGAUCUGAUCUCCGUAGGGAAGAACAUGAUGAUAUUCGUCGUGAGGAACGCGAAGAUUCCCGAAGAGAGGAGCGUGAUGAUGCUCGCCAAAAUGUAGAUUCUCGAAACGAAAGACGCUCUGAUCUCCAAAGGGAGGAACGUGAUGAUAUUCGUAUGGGAAGCCGCGAUGAUUCCCAAAGGGUGGGUGAUUAUACUCGCCGUGAGGAACGCGAAGACCUACGAAGGGAGGAACGCAACGAUAUUCACCGAGAAGGUCUCCGAAGGGAAGGACGCUUUGAUCUCCGUAGGGAGGAACAUGAAGAACGCGAAGCUGCCCGAAGAGAGGAACGUGAGGAUGCUCGUCGAAAAGAGGACAUACGAAGCGAAGGACACUUAGGUCUUCGAAGGGAGGAACGUGAAGAGGGCAUCCGUCGAGAAGAACGCGAGCAUCUCCGAAGGGAGGAACGUGAUGAUUUCCGAAGGGAAGGACGCUCUGAUCUCCAAAAGAAGGAACGUGAUGACGAUACACGAAGAGAAGAACGCUCCGAUCUCCGAAGGGAACAGCGUAAUAAUUUUCGUGAUGAUGCAUUGCGACGACUUGAGUUACGAGAAGACAUUCAGCGAUGUGGAAAUGAGGAACGUGACAGUCGUCGCUGUGAGGAAAGGUUGGAGCGUGUGGAUGCAGAGCGCGAUGAAAGGCGUGCCAAUCGGGAGGGUAUGCGACGAGUUGAAAUUGAGACUACACAAAAUCAUGAUCGAGAAGUGCGAGACUCCGAUAUGGUGUCUCGUCGUGGACCUCAACGUGAUGGCCUUCAGCAAACAGAACGUAAUAGUCGUCGUGGAGAGGAACACACUGUACAAUUACGUGAAGAACGCGAUACAUCUCGAAGAGUGGAGCGUGAAGCUCGUCGGGAUGUAAUGCGAGCAGAGCGCGAAACUCGAGGACAGACUGAACGAGUUGAUCUGUUGGACGCUGCUCGAAGACAGCAGCUCGAGACCCGCCGUCGUGUGAACGUGGAGCGAGAUGAGAUGAAUCAAAUAAAUCAAGAGAGGAAACAAGAACGGGAGGAACCUCAGCGCUCAAGUGAUCGCUAUGUUGUUCGACAAGAGGAAAGAAAUGAUCUCCGCCUUGUAAGUCGUGGAGAACGCACUGAUUUCCGUCUCGUAAACCGUGAAGAGCGAACACAGAAACACGAAGAUCGUCAACUUGUUACGGAAGACAUGCGGCGGAUCGUUGGCGCUCGGCAUGAAGAGCGUUUUGAAGAUCAACAUGAGAAUCGACGAGACGAACGUGUUGAUAUCCAACGAGAGGAACGCAUGGAGCGGCGAGCGAAUCAAGAGGUCGACCGCCGUCACCAAGAACAGGAUAUCUCCCGCAGCCAGGGACACGAGCAACGAGGUGUAUCUCGAAGAGAAGAUCGUGAUGCCGAUAUAUCUCGACGUAGAGAACGUAGUGAUAUGCGGGAAGACAAUCGACAACAGAUCGAGAAUCUUCGUGGCAUGGAACGUCGUGAACGCGAGGCUUUAGCCGAUAGGGGGUCAAUGGACAAUGAGAGGCGUGAACGUCGAGAAGAUGCCAGGUUGAGUGCCCGUGUCAUAUCGUCAGCGUAUAAGAGCAAUAGUCUUGCAGACCAAAGGCUGUUUGCACAGGAAAAGUCUCUGGCCUGGCUAAGCAAUAACUCCAGCAAACAGAUUCUUUUGAUUACAGGUCAAGCGCUAAUUUUGCUAGUACUCUACUCAAAGUUGAACAGCCGUAAAGGACAUGAUCUUGGCUUAAUACACAAUGGUUUCAUAGACACAGACUGGGUCAUCAUAUCCAGGGCUUUAUGCAUCCAGCCGGCUGUUAAGGCACACGGCUAACGCGACAAACACGGCUUUACGAGAAACUUGAUAACCUGAAACGCAUAAGUACCUAAGCAAAUAUACAUACAUAUAUACGAAAAUGCUAUUUAAUGAAACCCUUCGUUCCCACAUACCGAGCAACGAGUUGAAUGCCGAGAGUGGAUCUGAGAGAUGUGUUUGCAAAUGUAUUCUACAAUUUAUUCUAACUGUUACUGUAAACUGUAAACUGUAAACUACACUGAACUACAAGCAAAUAUAUAAGUUAUACAUAGUUGAGCAUA